AUGCCUCGAUAUGCAAAGUUCUUAAAGGAGAUUUUUAGCAAGAAGAGGAAGUUUGAAGACUCGGCAUUUGUGACAUUAAACGAGGAAUAUUCAGUAAUUUUUCAGAAUAAUUUAUCGGAAAAGCGAUAUGAUCUAGGGAGUUUUACUAUUCCUUGUGUUAUAGGUAACUUAUUUGUCAAUGAUGCCUUAGCUGAUUUAGGGGCUAGAAUUAAUGUAAUAUCGUAUAGCCUGUUCAUAAAAUUGGGGCUGGGAAAAACCAAACCCACUAGGAUGAGUAUACAAUUAGCUGAUAGAUCUGUUAACUAUCCUAGACGUAUUGUAGAAAAUGUACUGGUAAAAGUAAAUAAAUCUAUAUUUCCUAUCGAUUUUAUGAUCUUAGACAUGGACGGUGAGAGUAGUGUAUCCUUAAUUUUAGAAAGACCUUUUCUUGCAACAUCUAGGGCAAUGAUAGAUGUUUGUGAUGGAAAGUUAAAACUUAGUGUAGGGGAUGAGACUGUCACCUUUGACUUGCAUAAUCCCAUAAGUCAGUCUUCAGAUCAUAAUAAUGCUAUGUGUGUUGUUAAUGUAAUUGACGAUGAUAUUGAGACACACUUGCAGGAAGUGUUAGUUGAAGACCCUCUACAUGUCACUUUGCCAAGGGGAGAAAAGCAUGAGCUGUCAAAUGAGGAAGUGUUAGAGCAGCUUGAAUUUAUGUUAGCAAACGAGCCAACUAAAAAUACUAAUGAGUUUACUGUGAUUCACAGGAUAGGUAUGCAGAAGUUGAGGCCAUCACUUGAGGAACCGCUGGUUCUUGAUUGGAAAAAGCUUCCAUAG